AUGGAGGGUCAUCUUCGAAAAGGAGAGCUACUGGCAAGAGGUGUCAACUCCUCGAAGGUUAUCGGCAGGAGGCUUCCAUUCAUUGCCACGUGGGUCUCUUCACAGAACUGCUUCAGCGAACCCACAACAGGGCCUCUGGUUUUUCCAAGAGCAGUUGAUCCAAGACUGGGGGACGGGAAUGACAGCGCCUUUUAUAUCCAUGGUUCUCAGACUCUGGUGUCCAUUGAAUCGCCUGAGGGGCUUAUUAAAAUACAGAUUGCUGUGGCCCAUCUGCAAGAGGAUGGCAUGUACAUUACAGUGACUUCAGAUUCCAGGACGUCUUUACUUGGAGCGCUACGGGAAAACACCUUCCUUCUCAAGUUCUUUUCUGUGUUCCUGGGAAUUAUUUUCUUCCUGGAGCUCACUGCUGGGGUUCUGGCAUUUGUUUUCAAAGACUGGAUCAAAGACCAGCUGUAUUUCUUUAUAAACAACAACAUCAGAGCGUACAGAGAUGACAUUGAUUUACAGAACCUCAUAGACUUCACCCAGGAAUAUUCCAAUGCAAGUCGAGAGCGAUGCGGUGUGCCAUUCUCCUGCUGUACUAAAGACCCUGCAGAAGAUGUCAUCAACACUCAGUGUGGCUAUGAUGCCAGGCAAAAACCAGAAGUUGACCAGCAGAUUGUUAUCUACACGAAAGGCUGUGUGCCCCAGUUUGAGAAGUGGUUGCAGGACAAUUUAACCAUCGUGGCUGGUAUUUUCAUAGGCAUUGCAUUGCUACAGAUUUUUGGGGUCUGCCUGGCCCAGAAUUUGGUUAGUGAUAUUGAAGCUGUCAGGGCUAGCUGGUAGGGCCCCGGCAAUGCUGCUGCAAAACACUGGACAGACCCAGCCUUCCUGCCCCUCCAGCGUGCCCAACCCAAUCCAUGCUGCACGGACCCUGAUCACAGAGGCAUCUUGCAAUCCCACCUGAUGGAGCUGCCAAGAACUUGGUUUGGGGGAGGGGGAUGGUGCAACUGGGAAAUGCUGCUCACUGACAGAAUUAAACAGAUAACCA